AUGCCAGCACAAAUUGAACUUAGUACAACAUUGCCGCAUAGUUCCGACGAGAUGGGUGAGCAUAGUCAAGGACAAGCAACAGACCGCCACAGCGACGAGGCGCACUCAACACACAAUCUUGAGCGGUCUCAACAGGAUCUUGAGGCGCCCGAUAGUACCGAUGUUGACAGCGCUGUCCCUGAUGGUGGAUACGGAUGGGUUGUUGUUACAAGAUGUGCAGUGCUGACCUUCUGGUUCAAUGGCAUUAUGGCAAGUUGGGGUGUAAUUCAAGCCGUCCUUCUGCGAUCGGAUUUGAGGACAACAUCUACGUCGACAGUAUCCUUUAUCGGUACACUUGGCCUCGCAAUCGUUGUCUCCUUAGGACUCUUCGGUGUACGUCUGAUUCAUAGCUUUGGCGCUCGCACGACCGCCUUAAUAGGGGUUGUCCUUCUGGCUAGUGCCGAGAUUCUCGCGAGCUUCACUGUCUCUAAUGUGGGCGGUCUAUUUGGCACAGCAGGCGUUCUUUUUGGACUAGGGGCUUGUCUGUGCUACGCGCUUUCCAACAUCGUCCCUACCAUCCGGCCUGGUGAAAUUUGGCGGCGGCGUUGGGGCGGCGUUGGGGCGGCCGUUCUCAGUAUCAGCAUCGAUGCAAUAAAUGACAGAGUCGGCAUUCAAUGGACCUUUCGGAUCCUUGGCAUGUGCAUGCUAGCCACUUGCGGACCUGCUGCGUGGUUGCUUCGCGAACGGGUCUCAAUUGGGCGUGCUCCAUUCGUCGACCUAUCCCUGUUUAGAUAUCUACCUUUCGUAGCUGUCUUUCUUGCUGGCGCAACCGGCACGUUCGCAUUGUUUGUCCCGCCCUACUUCCUCCCGCUUGUUGUCCAGACUAUAGGUCUGAGCUCUUCGAUCGGUGCCUGGCUAGUGGCUGGAUUUAACGCAUGCACCGCUGUUGGCCGCUUGCUAGCAGGUUAUGGAUCCGAUAUCAUCGGACCAGUCAACAUGUUAUUGUGUGCCAUGGUCCUCAAUGCCGCAAGCAUGUUGGCUAUUUGGCCGUUUUCGAGCUCACUUGGACCAUUGAUUACGUUCGUAAUGCUGAAUGGGCUGGCGAAUGGUGCAUUCUUUACCGUAUAUCCAGUCGUGGUAACGAGCACAGCUUCUGGAAUUGGCAAUGACCAGGCUAGCAAAGGAGCAAUCGCAAUGAGUAUGGCUAUUACAGGUUGGACAGUGAGAAGAUCGAGUUCAAACUCAUUCUUACAAAAACCAGUCUUGAGAGGCCUUCCACGAAAGCCGAAACAAUCUGGCCAUGCUCUUUGGGUAGGCAAUCUCCCACCGGCCACGCACAUCAUAGAUCUGAAGGAUCACUUUUCUCGGUACGCAACAGACGAUAUCGAGAGCGUUUUCCUUAUUGUGAAAAGCAACUGUGCGUUUGUCAACUACAAAUCCGAGACAAGCUGCGCAGGUGCUAUGUCCCGGUUCCAUGACUCUCGCUUCCAAGGAGUCCGACUCAUCUGCAAAUUGCGCCAUGGAAGUUUAUCAACGAAUGCCACAGCAUCUGUCCCAAAGCCACCCUUCGACCAUCAAGGAGAUGGCGAGGUUUCACCCGUCGUGGAAGACGGUACACUGACAGACGGAGAAGCAAAAGUCUCGUCACACUCGGCGGCAGAGGUCACGGAGAAAGUCAAAGAGAAGUUUUUCGUCGUCAAGAGCUUGACAGUCGACGACUUGGAGCGAAGCGUGCACAGUAAAGUUUGGGCAACACAAGCUCAUAAUGAGAGUGCCCUGAACCAAGCAUUUGACGCUGCUGAAAAUGUGUAUCUGAUAUUCUCGGCCAACAAGUCAGGUGAGUAUUUCGGAUACGCAAGAAUGGAGACUACCAUCGAUGGCAACUCAGUUGCGGAUGUUGAAUAUCAACCAAGUCCCGAAGUGUUGGUCCCGACUCCGACAGAUCUUCCACUUAUGAUACCAACACAAGCAACUUCAACAGCUCCCAAAGGACGGAUUGUAGAGGACUCUGCACGAGGUACAAUCUUUUGGGAAGCAGAAUCAGAGAAAAAGAUUCCAGAAGAACAAGUUGUACGAGACGAAAGGGCCGAUCUAUCUGGAGAAAGUGAUGAUUCCGCCAACAUAUCUCCUGGCACACCACAAGCUUUUGGGAAGCCUUUUAAGAUCAAGUGGAUAUCAACCGACCGACUUCCGUUCUACCGAACAAAAGGCUUGCGCAAUCCUUGGAACGCGGACCGAGAAGUGAAGAUUGCUCGAGAUGGGACCGAGAUUGAACCAAGCAUUGGCCGUCGACUUGUCAGCAUGUUCCACUGUCCACGAAUGCUUAUAAGAAGCUCUAAUGCUAUCCGCCAGCAACAAUCACCACAACCGCGAAGAGGGAUCAGUCCAUACGUGAAUCCUCAUGUCUCUGCACCAGGCGGGGUUUAUGGCUGGACUUAUUGA